AAGAGGCCACCGUGUCAGAGAGGAAAGGGGACCAGGUCACUUAGGACCUUGUAGCCACCAGUAGGAUUUUAGCUCUCAGGAAGGGAGAAAACAGGCCGCUGAAGUUAGGAGAGUUUUGAGCAUAAAAAUGACAGGAUCCAGCUGAAAUGCCUUCAUUGUAAAGGCGCUUCCUUUGAGAAAGUUAUGUAGCUGUAAGAUAUUGUCGCGGUUAUUAGUAAAAGUGAAUUUCUGUUGUGAUUCACUUUCUCUGCUGCUGCAUUCUCAGACACGGUCCUCCAUACGGGCUGCGGACUUGCACUCCUGCUCUCCAUUUUUGUCACUGACAUUCUUUUCCUUCCAAGAGUUCCACUUCUUUUGACCUGUUUUUUGGCGCGUAGCGAAGAAGAGUUCUUCCUAGGAAACGUGUUCUGAGUUCUUCCCAGCAACCCCUGCAAGGAGCCCCUCCAAGCCUCUCGGUCUGGGUUCCCCGGAGGCGCUCAGCGGGAUGCGGUAUGCCGACGCCACCGCCUGGGGGAGCGUCGCUGCCAGGUUUUCCCCAAUCCGCAAAGCCCGAACUGUGGGACGCCGUGGCCGCUCGGAGGUCUGGAGCUGCCUCUGGUGACCUCCAUUCACCGCCUUCCGGCCCCCAGCCCUUACCGCGGGUGGAAUGCCAGGCCUGCCCCAGGCCAGUGCCUCUCUCACCCAUCCACCUCCGGCCCGCCCGCCCCCUUCCUCAGCCUCCAAGUGGGACCAGCCUCGCUAUUGCCAAAAUGAGGGAAGAAACCAAGCCCUACCAGCCAUUCCCAAGGAGCCUGCAAGUGGACCACAGGCCAUUUUCCUAUCCUCACACCAGUGGAUACCAGCCUUCUUCAAUGUUGUCACCAACCCAGCCCAGAAGAUCACAUCCAGGAAACACGGCUGACCCCCAGGCCACCCCUGCUGCCACGAAGCUCCGACCACCCGUUGCGUUUAAUCACACAGUUGGGCAUAUAAUACUUUCUGAACACAAAGAUGUGAAAUUUAAUUGCUCCAUCAACAUACCUAAUGUGUACCAGGAAACUGAAAGUGUUUCCUGGUGGAAAGAUGGGAAGGAAUUGCGUAGGGCACAUAAUACAGUUACACAGUAUUAUCCUGAUAAUGAAGUAAUGUCAAUAAUUGCAUCCUUUAGCAUCACCAGUGUGCAGCGCUCAGACAAUGGAUCGUAUAUUUGUAAGAUGAAAGUAAACAAUAUUGAGAUCGUGUCUGAUCCCAUCGACAUCGAGGUACAAGGACUUCCCUACUUCACCAAGCAGCCCGAGAGCCUCAAUGUCACAAGAAACACAGCCUUCAACCUCACCUGCCAGGCUGUGGGCCCCCCUGAGCCUGUCAACAUUUUCUGGGUUCGAAACAGCAGUCGUAUUAACGAACAGCCUGAAAAAUCUCCCUCUGUUCUAACUGUUCCUGGUCUGACAGAGAUGGCCAUCUUCAGUUGUGAGGCCCACAAUGACAAAGGGCUGACUGUGUCCAAGGGUGUGCAGGUCAACAUCAAAGCAAUUCCUUCCCCACCGACUGAAGUCCACAUCCACAACAGUACUGCACACAGCAUUCUGAUCUCCUGGGUCCCUGGUUUUGAUGGCUACUCCCCAUUCAAGAACUGCAGUGUUCAGGUCAAGGAAGUUGAUCCUCUGAGUAAAGGCUCAGUCAUGAUUUUUAACACCUCUGCUUCACCACAUCUGUAUCAAAUCCAGCAGCUGCAAGCCCUGGCUAAUUACAGCAUUGGUGUGUCCUGCAUGAACGAAAUUGGCUGGUCCUCAGUAAGCCCGUGGAUUCUGGCCAGCACGAUCGAGGGAGCUCCAACAAUAGCACCUUUAAAUGUCACUGUGUUUCUGGACGAAUCUGCUGGUAAUGUGGACAUCAGAUGGAUACGGCCUUCAAUUAAGCAGCAGGAUGGGGAGCUGGUGGGCUACCGGAUAUCCCACGUGUGGCAGAGUGACAGGACUUCUAAAGAGUUUUUUGAAGAAGUCGGCCAGAAUGGCAGCCAGGCCCAGAUCUCUGUUAAAGUCUACAACGCCACUUACUCAGUGAGGAUUGCAGCCAUCACUAAAGGGGGAGUUGGGCCUUUCAGUGACCCGGUGAAGAUAUUCAUCCCAGCACAGGGUAUGGACUCCGCCCCAUCCUCCACUCCAGCGCCGGGCAGCACAGAUCCCGUGCUCGUCAUCCUCGGCUGCCUGUGCGGAUUUAUUCUGAUUGGCCUAAUUUUAUACAUUUCCCUGGCCAUCAGAAAAAGAGCACAGGAGACAAAAUUCGGGACUGCAUUCACAGAGGAGGAUUCUGAAUUAGUUGUAAAUUAUACAGCAAAGAAGUCCUACUGUCGGCGAGCCAUUGAACUUACUUUACAGAGCUUGGGAGUCAGUGAGGAACUACAAAAUAAACUAGAAGAUGUUGUGAUUGACAGGAAUCUUCUAAUUCUUGGAAAAGUCCUAGGGGAAGGAGAGUUCGGGUCUGUGAUGGAAGGAAACCUGAAGCAGCAGGCUGGGACCUCUCAGAAGGUGGCAGUGAAGACCAUGAAGUUGGACAACUUCUCGCAACGGGAGAUCGAGGAGUUUCUCAGUGAGGCAGCAUGCAUGAAAGACUUCAGCCACCCUAAUGUCAUCCGACUUCUUGGCGUAUGUAUAGAAAUGAGCUCUCAAGGCAUCCCAAAGCCCAUGGUGAUUUUACCCUUCAUGAAAUACGGGGACCUGCACACCUACUUACUGUACUCCCGACUGGAGACGGGACCAAAGCAUAUUCCUCUGCAGACACUGUUGAAAUUCAUGGUGGACAUUGCCCUGGGAAUGGAGUAUCUGAGCAACAGGAAUUUUCUCCAUCGGGAUUUAGCUGCUCGAAACUGCAUGUUGCGAGAUGACAUGACUGUCUGCGUGGCCGAUUUUGGCCUCUCUAAGAAGAUUUAUAGCGGCGAUUACUACCGCCAAGGCCGCAUCGCAAAGAUGCCCGUGAAGUGGAUUGCCCUAGAGAGCCUCGCAGACCGAGUCUACACAAGUAAAAGUGAUGUGUGGGCCUUUGGUGUGACCAUGUGGGAAAUAGCAACUCGGGGAAUGACUCCCUAUCCUGGAGUCCAGAACCACGAGAUGUACGACUACCUUCUCUAUGGCCACAGGCUGAAGCAGCCUGAGGACUGCCUGGAUGAACUGUACGAAAUCAUGUUUUCUUGCUGGAGCGCGGACCCCUUGGACCGACCCACCUUCUCAGUGCUGAGGCUGCAGCUAGAAAAGCUCUCAGAGAGUUUGCCUGAUGCGCAGGACAAAGCAGCGGUCGUCUAUGUGAACACCCCAUUGUCCAAGAGUUGUGAUGGCUUAGCCGAGGGCCUGGCACUUGCUCAGCUGGACAUGAACAUCGACCCCGACUCCAUAAUUGCCUCCUGUACCCCCAGUGCGGGCGCAAGCGUGGUCAAGGUGGAGGUCCAUGAAAACAAACCUCAGGAAGAAAGGUACAUCCUGAACGGGGGCAGUGAGGAGUGGGACAAUCAGGCAUCUGUGCCCCUGGCUACAGCCCCAGGGGAAAAGAACAGUGUUUUACCAGAAGACAGACUAGGACAGAAUGGUGUCUUGUGGUCCCACUGUAGCACACUACCCUUGGGGAGCACAUCCCCAGAUGAACUUUUGUUUGCUGAUGACUCCCUGGAAGACUCAGAAGUCCUGAUGUGAGCAGAGCAAAGUGAAGAUGUGCCAAGCCCAAGUGCCUUCUGCUUUAGAAGGAUCCAUUUCUGCCUGAUGUUUUUAUUUGAACUACGUUUGAGGUAUGGUAGAGUGAGCCCAAGGCCUUUGCACUAAACUGCAUCCCUAGCCCCUUUUCAAUUUUUUUUUUUUUCUGAGAAAGGGUAUUGGUAAGUUCCCCAGGCAGGACUCAAGCUUGCAAUCCUCCUGCCUCGGCCUCCCAAAGUCCUGGAUUAUAAGCGUAAGCCACCAACCCUAGCUACCUAUUGCUUUUAGUACAAUAUUUGUUUUCUGAACUAAGUAAACUCCAUGGCCCCAGUGCACCUUCUGAAUGUUGUCAAGUAAAUCUCCAUUAAAAGCAGUAAUAGGGCUGGUGGUGUAGCUUAGCGCUAGAGUGCUUGCUUUGCAUAUGCGAAGCCCUAGGUUCCGUCCCAGCACCAUAAAAAAUAAAAAUACAUAAUAUAUUUAUUUAAAGAGAAAAAAUAUAUAUAUGGUGGAAAGAGACAGAGAUACUGUAUUUUAAUAAAAAGAUGACCUAUUUCACUUAUCUUACAGGUCUUUAAGCUAUUCCUCAGUGCUAACAGUUGUACAAAGCUUUUUUUAAAGUUCUUUUUCACAGCUAUUAAAUGAAAAGAUAUUUGUAAAAUGAAAUGCCAUAUUUGACCUCGCUUCUCAUCUUCAUGAGAAAUCCAGUGUGCCUAGGUGAAUUGUGUGUUUGAUACUAGUGGUUCAUUUAAUGUUUAAAGUUUUAUACUUGAUUAAUUUUCUGAUGACUUCCUAAUAAAAUAUGGAUGAGAUGAAGGAGUUGAA